AUGAACGACGCGGUAAUCGAUGGGGCGUCUGAGAGGUACCGGAUGUUACAGCAGGCCUGCGAGCAGGCAAUUCAGGUGAUCAGACGCGAUCUGGAAGAAACGGAUCUCCAGCGGUACUUUCCCCAUCUCGCAGACAACCCGGCGUUGGUGAGCAGAUCUGCUCGCCAAUCCAGCGAGUUUUGGGCACAGAACGUGCUGCCUGCGGUCACAAGUCGAAUUGACAACGAGAAAAUCGAGCCGAAGCUCGAGACCUUGCUCAGGCUCGAAGAAGAUGCUCGCCAUCGGCGGUACCGUCACCAGGCAGGAAGCGCAGACCCACGAGAUCAGCCGGUGGACGCCGUGAAACUGACUGCCUCCGACUUCAUGGAACUGCGGCUCCAGCAGCAAAAAGUCGCCUAUAAUGCCGAGCUGCAGGCCCGCAAGGACAGAGUCAUCAAAGAACGGGCAGAGCUCGAGCAAGCGGCUCAGGAAAAGCUCGCCAAACUCUCUGAGAUUUUACAAAAGAUCCGUCAGUAG